UGUGUUGAUAGGUAUACUGUAUAGGCUGUUGUGUAUUUUUUAUAAGAUUUUGUUUUCAUUCAUGAUAAGUCUAGCAUAUAAAGGAAUUGUAAACAGUAAACUUAUUGAACAACUAAAUAUUAUGCCUCCUUUUAUUCAAAUCUUAUCUGUUAUUAUUUAUGAUUUAUUGUUAGUGUUCUAAUAUUAAAUUAAAGUAACUAUAUUAAAAUGGAAGAAGAACUAAGAUGUUUUAUAUGUAAGGAGUUCUACAGAGAGCCGGUGCUGAUGCCUUGUGGACAUGCACUCUGCCGAGCAUGUGCUGUGGGUUUACAAACGCAUGUACAUGAAAAUGACAAUGCGAGUGCCGUUUCACACGACUUUCAGGAGGCUGAUAAGGCCUCUGUAUCUAGCGAGACAGAUAGUGGGGUUGUUUGUGGGUCUAGACCUAACAGUUAUGCAGGAACUCCUGCUACAUCGACGUAUACAACGGCUACUUUUAGUAUAAUAUGUCCAUUUUGCAACAAACAAGUAUAUCUUGAUGACAGUGGUGCUGAAGGCCUUCCACCUUUUCGUGUCAUGCGAACAAUAGUCGAACGUUUUGGUGGAGUCAGUGUGGCCCCGCCAGCUGAGGAGGCAUGUCAAAUGUGUGAAGGAGAACGGCGGGCGGCUGUAGUACGUUGUGAACAGUGUUCAGUACGGUACUGCGCGGGAUGCAGAGAUGCUUGGCACCCUACUAGAGGUCCUCUCGCCCAGCAUGAGCUAAGGGCAUUAGGAACAACAUGUACAGAUCAUGGAUGCACCCCUGUAUUAUUUUGUAAUACAUGUCUACUACCUAUCUGUCAACGAUGCUUGGCGGAAAGACAUGCUUCUCAUGAAACUCAACAUUUAUCCAGUGCAGCUAGAUUACAUAAGACAGAAUUAUCACAAACACUCCACCAGUUAUCAGAAGAAGCCAAGGCCAUGACUGAGUACAUACAGCUUGUGAAGAGCUCCGGAGACAAAAUUAAUGUAUAUAAAAAAAAUAUUGAAUCGUGCGAAGAAUUAGAAAAUCAAAUAGAUCAGGCAUGUGCUGAAGUAACGCGUGCCGUAGAAAGACGGAGAGAUGAAUUAAUACGGGCGGCUCGUAAUACAAGGUCACAGGCUGUGGCUGGUAUGCGCGUGAUGACGUCACAGGCCGCACAGAAACUUAGAGAGGCCACUGCACUGUUGCAUUUUUCUAUAGAAGCUCUGAAAGAAUCGGAUCAUGCUGCCUUUUUGCAGGUCGGUAAGAUACUAUCAGUCCGAGCUCGCGACACAGCCUCGAACCUACGAUCAUCCCUGGAGACUCCGCCGGCGCCGCCAGCACUCACGCUCGACAUAGAGCCCGUCUUGAGAACUGUUAAUACUAUGAACUUCAUUGAGUGUAUACCCCCAGGUGCUCCCGAGAUGGCCGUGGAGGCAUGUGCAGCUCGCGGCUGUUCGUGUACUCUGGCUUGGCGUGCUCCAGCGGCGCCGCGAGCCGUGCGCGGGUACGUGCUGGAGCUGGACGACGGUCUGGGCGGACCGUUCAGAGAGGUGUACUGCGGCCGUGAGACGGUUUGCACAAUCGAUGGCCUGCAUUACGCGUCGCUAUACAGUGCUAGAGUGAAGGCGUUCAACGGAGCUGGUGAGGGACCUUACAGCGAGGUCAUCGGCCUACAAACAUCACCUGUCGCGUGGUUCACAUGGGACGCUCGUUGCGGGGUAGGGGGCGUGGGCGGCGAGGGGGGGCUGGUGAUAGGGUCCGAGGGUCUGAGCGCUCGGGCUGCGGGCUGGCAGCCGCGGGUCGCCCUCGCUGACCAGCCGCUUGCCCGCGGCCUGCACUACUGGCGGCUGCGGAUCGAUCACUACGACGGCGACGCGGACCCGGCCUUCGGAGUCGCCAGGGCGGACGUGGCCAGGGACAAGAUGCUAGGUAGUGACGCGCUCGGCUGGGCGAUGUAUAUAGAUGGUUCGCGCUCGUGGUUCGUCCACGGCGGAGCUCACGGCGGCAGAGCUGCCGGCGGGAUAGCACACGGCUCCACUGUUGGCGUCCUGCUAGACCUUACACGAGGCACCCUGAGGUUCACGGUCGACGAUCGCCCCCAGGGUGAUAUCGCGUUCACUGGUCUGCGGGGUGCGUUUUACCCGGCGGUGUCCUUGAACAGGGGUGUGGGUGUGACGCUCCAGCCAGGGCUGCCACCGCCACCUGACUUACUGGACAUAGCCGGCAUCAGUAUACAGUAGAAGAAAUAAAAAGGAAUUUAUUGUCUAUGCCAUCAUCAUAGAGUAGAAACUUUCUUGGAGCUCAAACAGCUUGGCUUCGCUAUGCAUUAUACAGUCCAAUGAGAGUUAAAAUAAAUAAUAGCCUCAAAAUAGCCGGCUUUUUUAGAAUACGUCAUAAAGAGGUCUGUUUUUUUAGAAAUUAAAAAAACAUGGCAAUAAUCUCUACAAAUUGUUGAUUUUUUUUUCAUUUUUAAACGUGUUCUUCCUUCCGAAAUACAAAACGAAGUCUUAUACAACUUCAAGUUGCUCAGAGAACUGAAUUUUAGGUUAGGUUACAAAUAUGGUUACUAAAACGUCCUUAUAAUACGUAAUUACACUUCUACAGCGUAAUAUUCGAAUAACGAAAGUGUAGAAUAAUUUUAAGACUAUUUUUUUUUUGCUAGUCGGUUUCUUAAAAUUUAACAACACCUUUUUUUAAUAUUAAAAGUGACUUAAUAGAAAUUUAACAAAAUAAAUAUUCACUGCCCUAAUUUUAAGAACCUUAUUUUUUGUUUAGAUUUUUAAUAAUUUAUAUCAUCAUAUAAAGGAUAGUUUAAGUACUGUGUAAUGCAAUUUUUCAAGGUGUUUGAAUUCUUUCUUCCAUGUUCUUUCCUAAACGUAAAGCACCCAAGAGACUAUGUUACCUAAACAAAUGUAUUACAAAUUUUCAAUGAUAGACAUUUUAAUAUGAAUAUAACAUUAAAAUAAUCGUUUAAAACACUGUUAAGGCACAGAUUUAAAUUUAAAAAAAAAGUUUCUGCUCCUGAAAGUGUAUUAUAUAGUACUUUAUACAUCCAGCACGUUAUCAGGCUAUUUAUAUGAUUCUUAAUGAAACAAUUUUUGUAUACAAACAAUGUUAUGAACAAUUGUUUAAACAAUAUUCAUAGGACUGAUAAAAAUAUUGUAAAUAAUGAUAAACUUAUAUAAACAAUCAUACACUAUAAGAUAAUUAUUGAUGUGUAUCAAAUUUAACUAAUAUAUUAAUUGUACUUAAUUUUUAAACUAUUCUAGUGCCAUAUCGGUAAUUUAGUUAAACUAUUGGAUAAAAAAAAAAGUUCCAUUAAGAACUUCUUUAAUGAAAACUAUCAGUUUUUGAAAUAUUAAAUAUCACAAAUCCUUGUAUUAAUUGAUGUGGCACUUAUUUAAUAUAUAUAAUUCCGUUCCGACGAACCAGUCCGUCGUUAGCCGUAAUCAUAGACAAUAUAAUAGUGUAUACAUGGUUUUAUACAUACGGCUCCAUCUAUUUAGAUAGAGUAUACAAAUUUUAUAUAAUUUCUUUUACGAUGUCGUUUUACUAUUUAUUUAUAUUGAAAAUGUUCUAAGAUAAUUUCAGUUUUUUUAACAAUCAGGACAUUUUUAUUUUUACAUUUCUAUAAUAUAAAUUGCCACCAACUCUCACUGGUCAUAUAUUUAAUUAUCAAUAGAAUACAUAAACGUGCAUUCCAUAGAAAAAUCUACACAACCCAAAACUGAAUCAUUUUGUUAAACAUGAUAAGGAAACUGUCACAAGAGGUGGUCGCAUGUCCUUAUAGGUACCUGAACGAAACUCAAAUAUUCCACUGCCCACCUUAUUAUUAUUUUUUGUUAAACGAUUUAUUAAAAUGUUUUUCAUUUGUGUUCAAUUUAUACUUUGCAUGUGUAAUUGCAUAGCUUAAAACGAUUAUUUAUUAAUAUUUUAGGUAUUUUUUUUUUUUUAAAACAAACAUAUUAAAACUCCUUUGUACAACUUAAUGAAAUAUUGUGGUCAAUUCUUAAAUGUAUUAAACAUUCAAAACGUACUUAGCGUUAUUAUCUGUGACCAAUUAUGUCAUCAAAUAAAUCAUUAUUUUUAAUUUAUUUUUAGAGAAUAAUCAUAUCAAUUUAUCUUUUGCUAGUAAUUAAAACGCUAGAGCUAUUUGUUAAUGUUAUGGAACACAUAAUAUCUUUAAUAUAUUUGGUAAACAAAUUUAUAUGUAUAAUUUAAAGAAAAACAUUAAAAAAUCAAAUGGUCAUUAACUUGUAGUUUGUUAAAAAAAAAAUGAUUUUAGUACAAAAACAACGUACUUUAGUCAAAACCAAACUAGCGUUGAUUUUUCAUAACAACUAGGUACUAAACACAAAAUAUUUGUAUUUAAUUAAGAUUGUGUUGUGUGAUGUAUUAUGUUCUUAUAACAAUGUACUUAAUGAUUUUACAAGUAUGCCAAGAUUGCUUAUAAUAAAUGAUAAUUUUUAUUUAUUUAACAAA